GUUAAUGAUGCACUGUGGGAUUGCUGUAUAUUGACAUGGCAACCAGGCGACAGAGCCACCAAGUUGUUUUUACUCCAUAUUAGUUUUUUGCCGUCGCUUCUGCGUGUAAACGUCUUAGCUUUACUUUCGACCGCUGCCAUGAAUGGGGCAGUGGUAAAGAAGACCCAGGACACGCUGGGCAAAGUGAUAAAGAAGCCGCCUCUCACAGAGAAACUGCUUAGCAAGCCGCCGUUUCGAUACCUUCAUGAUAUCUUCAGUGAGAUCAUCAGGACCACAGGUUUUUUGAAAGGCCUGUAUGAGGAAAAUGACAUGAAGUCAGAUAACGUUAAGGAUAAGGACUCUAAAAUAGUCUUCCUCCAGAAGGCAAUAGAUGUCGUGAUGCUGGUGAGCGGUGAGCCCCUGGCGGCAAAGCCAGCACGCAUUGUGGCCGGCCAUGAGCCCGAGAAAACCAAUGAGCUGCUGCAGGCCAUUGCCAAGUGCUGCAUCAACAAGAUGUCCAGUGAUGAUGCAGUAAAGCGAGUGCUUGCUGGAGAAAAAGUGGACAUAAAAACCAAGGCCAGCACCUCCAGGUCCCAGGACAAGGAAAACAGGGAGGGACGUGAACGUCAUCUGGAUAGAGAGGAGAAGAAAAAGAUUACAGAGCGCAGUGGGAGCCGGGACCAGAAGGACCCAGACCAGCCCAAAGAACAGGAGAGUCGACGCAGAGAUGGGGAGAAAGAGCACCAACGCGACAGGGAGCGCUCUGACAAGCACCACCGCAGUGAACAGGACCACCACGCCAAAGACCGCGACAAGGACAAGAGCCGUGACCGGGAUCGAGACAAGGAUAAAGACAAAGGACGAGUCAAAGACAGGGACAAGGAGAAAGACAGAGAGAGGGAUCGAGAAAGGGAUAAAGACAGGGAGAAGGACAAAGGCAGAGAGAAGACGAGAGAUAGGGAUUCUCACAGAGACCGGGAAAGAGACAAAGACAAACGAAGAGACAGAGACAAAGACCGGGAGAAAGAGAGAGAGCGACACAAAGAGGGGGAAGAGAGGAAAAAAAGUGGAGACAGCAAGGCCAGAGUAUCAGAGGAGCCACAGCAGAAACCCAGCCCUGAGCCCAGCAAAACAGCCAAAUCCGUGCCAGUAACUGCAGAAGCAGUUGAGAACCAGCCUGAUAGUCCAGCUAGAAUACCCAGGCCCUCAUCUGCCAAAGGGCAGAGGCGGAGACCCAAGAUUGGAGGUCAAGAUGAAUCUGACAGCGAGGGAGACGGAGAUGCUCUGUUGGCCCAGAGACCUGUUCCCCCGGAAAAUGGAGAUGCUGCAGGCUCCUCAGCACCAUCCGACAUGGCCUCCAGCAACAGGCGAAUACCACGGCCCAGUAGUGCUCGUCCAGCACCUCCCCGAGUCAAGAAGCAGGAGAGUUACUCUGAUGUGACCCCAGCUGAGAGGCUGUCCAGUGCCAAGCCCUCAGCACCAGUCAUCAUGGAUGGAAAGAGGCUGUCGGAAGAUGAGGAGGAUGAAGAUGAGCAAUUUCUUGUGGAGGAGGCAGUACCUCCACCUUCAGAUGCUCCUGAGAUGGAGGUGAUGCCUGCACAAGAACUCGACAGUGAAGACAAACAUGGUGGCCUUGUGAAAAAGAUCCUUGAGACCAAGAAAGACUAUGAACUGUCCCCAUCUGCCCCCAAAUCUAAAGAACAGAAUGUGGUGUCUGAAGCGGCGCGGAAGAAAGAGCGUGACAUGGUGACGCGGGAGAUAGAGCGGCUCCGCUCAUCCAUCCAGACAGUGUGCCGUAGCACGCUGCCUUUGGGGAAGAUCAUGGACUACAUACAGGAGGACAUGGACGCCAUGCAGGCUGAACUGCACACCUGGCGGCGGGAGAACAAAGAGCACGCACAGGCCUUGCUGCAGGAGCAGAGGGCAACGGACAGAGCAGUGGAGCCUCUCAAGUCAGAACUAGCCGAGCUGGAGCAGCUGAUCAAGGACCAGCAGGACAAGAUCUGUGCUGUAAAGUCCAACAUACUGAAGAAUGAAGAGAAGAUCCAGAAGAUGGUGACUGGAGUCAACUUCUCCUCCAGAGCCUGAAGUGAGCAACAUGAUCUACAGAGGAAAACUGAAAAUGCACUGAAGAUUUAGGGAUGAACAGUGUCUCAUUCUGAAUAAUGGUAAGACCAUUUUUUGCUGGAGAUGAUGAGGGGCAGGACCAAACACUGCACUUUUAGGGAUUUUAUCAGCAAAGGAGAUGGAUCCAAACAUAUCAGACACCAUCAGUCAGAUAUUGGUAAAUAAAAGCUUUAUUUGAUGGUUUGGAGGUCUGACUAACAUCUACUUUGACUGACAGAUGAAUGAAUUAAUAAAUAAAAAAUAUCUUCCUGUUGUGCACACUAACAACCCAUUCGUUUACCCCUUUUCUGUAAUGGUGCCUUUGUGGAAUGGGCCAGUGCACAGGUGAUGACUUGAAAGUUAGAUUAGGUAGUUGUAUUUAAUGCAGGGUGAGUUCAUCUAAAGCCCUACAUAUUCCAAACUGAACAACAAGGCAUGGUAGUUUGAUUUGCAAUUGAAAAUUGAAAUUUCAAGUUUAUUUAAAGUGUGGCACAUUUUGUUGCCAUUGCCUCACUUCUUAUUUUUCCUGGCUGAGAGGACUUUGGACUGAUGCACUGCAGCGUAGGGGACGUGCAGCUGUAUUGGACUAGUAAGCAAGAUUGUUAUAAUAAUUACAUCUGCUAUAGUGGUGUCGGACUAGCUGCACAACAGUAAUUAAAUAUUCUCGUGUCACACUCAACUGGCUGAUCACAGGAGUAAAGUUUCUAGUGCUUGCAUGCAGAAAUCUAGGGCUUAUGUCCUGAUGAUCUGUUUUUACAUGUCAUACAGAUUUUUUCGUUUUCUUCUAAACCUUUUUCUUCAAGCUUCCUCCAUCAAUCUAUGCUCCCUGAAAAAUAGAUUUAUACUGUUUUCAGCAACCUUUUCCUGUGCUUACAACAACCGUAUCCCAUCUUGUAAAAACCUACACACACACAAUACCUGUAUGUUAGUUCACUGCUCCACUUUUGAAGCACUGCUGCACUUUCACAGAGUGAUAAGGGGAGGUGUACCUUCAAGUUGUUUUAACUUUUUGGAAAGAAAGAAAGCAGUGUUGAAAUUCUUUCUUUUAUUUUUUUAGAAGGCAGGUUAUCUUAUAAAACUUUACCCAGGCACACCCACGUAAUGUACUUUCAGGGAAACAUAAGCGUAUAUCCAUUAUUUCUGCAGUGAGCAAACAGGACAGCUACCAUCAUGGAGGUCACUCCACUCUGUUUGUACUGUAGGGUUUGCCAAAUUGCUUCUUUGUGUGUGUGUGUGUGUGUGUGUGUGUGUAAUAUAGUAAUAUUUUUCCUAGCCCCUUUUGAGACUUAGAGAAUUGUGCUUUACAGAUGUAGCUACUAUGAGAUAUGAAGCAAUACUAGAUAGUAGAGAUGUGAGACUGAAAGUAACCACUGUCCCAGUUUUCCUCAAAAUUCCAAUAAUGCCAUCCAUAUGUGAAUAAAAUACAGUAAAACAAAACAAGCAGACAAGUCAGCCAUGGUUCCACAGUGGCCUAUCUCACUCUGAAUGAAAAUGCAGUUAUCAUAUUUAAGUAAUAGCACCAAUGUAAGUUUACAUUGUCGUGUCUACUUGUACAUGUGCAGUUGCUACCUCUGUUAGUUUUACUGCAGAUAUAGACUGCCUGUGUUUACAGGAAGUUAUAUUAAAAAAUGAAAAAAACUAUGACAUUCUGGUUGAUGAAUGUAAUCCAUAUUUUCAAAAAUGUGUUUUUAUAAUGUCCAGUUGUACAAAACUAUUUUUCCUGGAUGUGAAUGUGAUGACCAUACACACUAUAGUUAGACUCUCUCCUCUCUGCACUUCCACUGCCUCGUCAGAGCCAAUGGCUACCAAUAUGACAGGUGGCACAACAUCUCAAUACAGCUAUAAACUGUUGGGCUGUUGGGUAGAACAGACAGCCAGUAGUGCCAGUGGGCAGAAUGUAGAGCUUCUGAUUGGUUUGUUUGGACUGUUCAUGGGCAUCAACGGCCACGGGAAAGAAAAGGCAAAUUACACUGAUAGAUCUUUACAAAUGGGGCACAGUGCUUCAGUGGGGAAUAUCUGCAUUAAUGCUGUUCAUUUGACUGAUGUGUUUCAGAGCAGCAGUUAAAAUGUACUCUCAUUUAGUCUGAUUUACUCUAUUUUUAUAUCAGUAUUAUAUUAAGUCCAUUAAAUAUAAUGUAACCUGUUGAAAAGUCAAAUUUAAAUAAAAUCAUUCAAACAAAAGGAGAACCUGCAUGAUCAUACGUCUGAUAUGUCUUAUGAAAGGACAGUGUACACUGUAAACUAUUUGUAUCAUAUCCUGAGUUUCUCUUUAAACUGUAUAUUAUGUAUAUGUGAAGAUUGUAUCAUAGUUCAAAUAAUUCUAUACUUUUGUAGUGGAGUGAAUAAAUGGUGACAUUGCAAUAAA